CACAAAGACGCGACGUUCCCAGGACAACGAAACGCCAAACAACCGAGGAACCCCAACGAUAGCUCGACUAAAACUGCGGUCAGUUAGUGUCUCACGUCGGUUAUUCAUCAAAAAACAUUUCAAAUGAAUCCAUUCAAAGUUUUUAACGAAUAAGAGAGUCCAGUUAACAAGGCGGGAAUCGACGAAAAACACCGCAAACAUGAGUCAUAACUGGGCGAGAUUAAUGAGUCAGCGGCAGAGUCGGGAGCAGCACCGGGAGCAGGAGGCCCGGCGGGUGGACAGAGAGAGGCAGCUGCAGGCCGGUCUGAGGGACGAGGAGAGCUUCGAGAGGAGGAGAUACCUGCGACAGGUGCAGGAGGAGCUCAAGGAGAGGCAGAUGGAGAGUGCUCUGCUAAAGGCACAGGAGGAGAGAACAAACAGGGAAAAGCAGCGUGAACAGGAGGAGAGACUGGCUAAAGAGCUGGCACGCAUCAACUAUGAAAAGCAAAGAGAUGAAAAAAUGAGGCAGUAUAUUAAAGCGAACAGCAUGGAGCUUCGAGAACUGGAGUCAAAGCUGAAGUCUGCGUAUCUGAACAAAGAAAGAGCCACGCAGAUUGCAGAGCAGGAAGCUUUGAGGUUUGAGACAAUGCGUGAGGAGGCAGACUACACCCGCAGGAUGAAGAGCGAACAUCAGAGGGCAGCUGUCGAGCAGCAGAAGCUGGAGCAGCGACGCCACGAGGAGAUGCUGCAGUACCAGAGAGAGCUGGAGCAGCAGCUCCUGGAGAGGGAGCGCAAGAGACAAGAGGCGUACGAGGAGUUCCUCAAGGAGAAGCUCAUGGUCGACGAGAUCGUCAGGAAGAUUUACGAGGAGGAUCAGAUGGAGAGACAGAUGAAACUGGAGAAGGUCCGAGCCACUCAGCAGCACAUUGAAGAAUUCAAGAGGCAGCGGGCCGAGUGGAGACGCAUGGAGCAAGAAAAGACGGAAGCCGAGAACAGACGCAUCGUGGAGUUUGCGAGCCUUCAGCAGCAGCAGGAGGAAAACAGAAUGGCAAAGAUCCAAGAGAGAGAAGAAGCGAAGCAGCACCUUCAUAAAAUACUCUCCGAGAAGAUUGAAGAGGAGAAGAAGCAGCGUGAAGAGAUGGAGAGAGUCCGUGAGGAACUUUGUCUGGAGGAACAAGAAGAGGCUAACAGGCAGAGAGAUAUUGAAGAGAUGGAGAAGAAAAUCAGACAGAGGCUGAUGAUGCAGCAGACCUGCCAGGAGCAAAUGGCUUUCAAAGAGAUGCGGAGGCAGGCAGAGAAAGAGGAAGAGGAGGCUUUCCGGAAAAUUAUGAUGGCUAAGUUCGCAGAGGACGAUCGGAUCGAGCAGAUGAAUGCCCAGAAACGACGCAUGAAGCAGCUCGAGCACAAACACGAGGUGGAGAAGCUGAUUGAGGACAGAAGACGGCAGCGCGAGGCCGACUUGGAGCUGGAGGCUAAAGAAAGAGCGAUGGAGCAGGAGAGGGAGAAUCUGCGCAGACAGAUAAUUGAGGAAGAGAGGCAGCAACUUCUUAAACGUCACGCAACUAAACUUCUUGGAUACCUGCCGAAGGGUUUGCUCCGUGAAGACGACCUGGAGCACUUUGAUGAGGACUUCAGAAAAAACUUCAAGGCGCGUCAGGCUGAUAUCUUCUCAGAAGACGGCUGGGAGGGCGAUUAAAUUUGUUUCCCCCAAAUUGCGUACCGUGCCCCUAGCGGACAGUUUAAGGUUACAGUGAGCACGAAGUACUUAAGUCCCCAAUAUUAUAAUAUGGCUGCAUUAAUGUUGCAUUCAGUGACAGCAGAAAGGUUUAGAAACAUUUCACUAGGACACUGCUGAUUAAUUAAAAUCAUUCCAGAAAGA